AUGAGCUCUUCCGACUCAAAGUUCUUUCAGCGCGGACAAGUCCAGGAACUACGCGCCGAGCUCUCUGCAGCGUCAGAGCGCAAGGACAAGAACUAUGUACGCAAGCGAACAGUGCUCAAAAAGAUUGUCGCGAAUAUGACCAUGAAUAACGACAUGUCCUCAUUGUUCCCAGACGUCCUCCGCUGCAUGGCGAUAUCACACCUCGAAAUCAAAAAGAUGUGCUUCCUGUACCUCAUGAAUUACGCAAGGAUCAAGCCCGAGAUCGCAACAGAAGCACUGCCGUAUCUAAGGCGCGAUUUGAAUGACGAAAACCCGCUUAUACGCGCCUUGGCACUACGCACAAUGUCCUAUAUCCAUGUUCGCGAGAUCAAUCUGGCAACCGUGGAUCCGCUUUUGAUGCUCAUGCGCGAUGCGGACCCCUAUGUUCGCAAGACAGCUGCGAUUUGCGUGGCGAAGCUCCAUGCACACGACAAGCGCCUCGUUGCAGACGACUCGCCACUCUUGUCUCAGCUGAGAGACAUGCUGGGUGAUGCAAACUCAACAGUCAUUGCGAAUGCACUUGCAGCGCUCAUGGAUAUGUGCGAUCGUGCAGAAAAUAUGCGUCUCAACAUCAAUGCGCAUCUUGCCGCAAAAUUGGUUGCCGCGCUCAAUGAAUGCUCUGAAUGGAGUCAAACCUACAUCCUCGAAGCGCUCAUGUCGUAUAUACCGCAAACGCCGGGCGAUGCAGAGGUGAUUGCUGAACGUGUUUCUCCUCGUUUACAGCACGCCAAUGCAAGUGUCGUGCUCACAGUCAUCAAGCUGCUACUCUACCUUACAAACUACAUGCCGGAUGCGGAAGAAGUGCAACUUUUGUGCAGAAAAAUGUCCCCUCCACUCAUCACAUUGCUCUCAAAAGGUCCUGAGGUGCAGUUUGUCGCACUGCGCAAUAUCGAACUCAUCUUGCAGAAAGCACCCACUGUGCUCAGAAACAAUGUCGAGGUAUUCUUUUGCAAGUACAACGACCCAAUUUACGUCAAGUUGGCCAAGCUAGAAAUUCUCGUCAAGCUGGCGCAUAUUGACAACAUGUCACAGGUCCUUGCAGAGUUGCAGGAAUAUGCAACAGAAAUCGACGUUGACUUUGUGCGCAAGGCGGUGCGCUCAAUUGGCCACCUGGCAGUGAAGGUUGAGGCGUCUGCAUCUAAAUGUAUACGCGUUCUCAUGGAGCUUGUUGGAAGCAAAAUAUCUUAUGUGGUCCAGGAAGUCACGGUUGUCAUUCGAGACAUCUUUCGCAAGUAUCCGAAUGAGUACGAGUCUGUCAUUUCUACUUUGUGCGAUAAUCUCGACAGUCUCGACGAACCGGAAGCCAAGGCUGCCAUGAUCUGGAUUAUUGGCGAAUAUGCGCAUCGUAUUGAACAUGCAGACAAGAUCCUCGAUGACUUCUUGUACACAUUUGCAGACGAGGCUGCCGAAGUACAGCUUGCUCUUCUCACGGCAACAGUCAAAUUGUUUAUUCAGCGUCCAACCAAAGGACAGCAAUUAGUACCGAAAGUCUUGAAGUGGGCAACCGAAGAGACGGAUAAUCCUGACUUACGAGACCGUGGCUUCAUGUAUUGGCGUCUGCUGAGUACCGACCCUACAGCGGCAAAGAAAAUUAUACAUGGCACCCGACCACCCAUCGAGCUCGACUCUGACUCGUUUGACCCACGAACUCUGGAAGAGCUUUGCCUGAACCUAGCAACCCUUGCGAGCAUCUACCACAAGACACCCAUGAGCUUUUUGCGAAAUGCCAAGACCAAGAAGCUGCACGAUAGUCCUGUUUUGCAAAACAAGGGUCGGCCAAGUUUGCAACGGCGUUCAACGCAGGAAGCUUUGCAUCAACAUAAAGCGCAUGGACACAUUGUUCCAGAUACUCAAGUGCAGGACACGAUUUUUAUGAGAGAUAUGCCGUCCAUUCGCGUGACUGAUUGUUAGUGUCUUCCAAGCAACAACUGCACUUACGGGAUCAUAAUGUUGAAAGGCAAGCCAAUCACUUGUUGUCGUUGGUAGCAGGCCCAUGUAUUGCAGCUUGAUCAUGCCGAGUACAAUGGAGAGAAGCUGACCGAGAAUGAAGACAGC